CUCAAGCCAAAGGAUCUGCGGUCUUGGGUGUGUUGCAGCACAUAACUCAAAAUGAACAGCACUUUAGUUCGCCCUGGAGCACGGAAGUUCUUCCCCUCCUUGCACUACGGUAACGUAUCGCUGGGCGAGGCGAGGAACUGGAGCGACGACUUGUUCCUGCAGGAGAGCGGCGAGCUGGAGAGACUCUUCCUGCUGACCAUCUGGGAGCCCACCACCAUCGCCCUAACCGCCAUGUACGUCCUGUCCUUCGUGGUGGGCUUUGUGGGGAACAUCAUGUCCAUCAGGGUCCUCACCGGGAGGCGCAGCAAACGGCUGCCUGGAGUGAGUGCCACCAGGAGUCUGCUGAUCAACCUGGCCGUCUGCGACCUGAUGGUGGUGUGUGUCUGCAUGCCCAUCACCCUCGGCUACAAGAUCUACAGGGCCUGGGUGUACGGGGACUUCCUGUGCAGGGUGGUGCCCUUCACCCAGGCCAUGUCCGUGUCGGCCAGCGUCCUCAGCCUGACCGUCAUCAGCGUCAACCGCUACUACAGCGUCCACAGUCCCCUGAACGCCCGCUCCUUCUUCACCCGGAGGAAGAUCCUCUGGACUAUCGCGGCGGUCUGGGUCCUGUCUUCGGGCAUCUGCUCGCCGCUCGUCUUCAUGAACCGGCGGGACGAGUUCAGGCCCAUUGAGGAGCUGCCCUUCACCUUCCCCAUUUGCAGGGAGAUCUGGCCCCAGGCCAGGCUGAAGCAGGCCUACAAUGUGCUGCUGUUCGUCGCCCUCUACUGCAUCCCCGUGGCCUUCAACCUGACCAUCAGCUUCCUGACCGGGCGCAAGCUGUGGCACGCCUCCCGCCACUUUUCCGAGCUGGAGGCCAGCGGCCAGGCCGCCCUCUCCUCCCGCCUGAAGGCCCGCAAGAAGAUCGCCAAGAUGGUUGUGGCCCUGGUGCUGCUGUUCGCGGUGUCCUGGCUGCCGCUGUACGUGGCCGACAUCUGGAUCGACCAUGAGGCGGACACCCCGCCUUGGCUCCUGCAACUGCAGUCCUUCGCCCAGUGGCUGGGCCUGACCAACUCCAGCCUCAACCCCAUCUGCUACUGCUUCAUAGGAGACCUGUACCGCUCGGCCAAGGUCUUCAAGACCAAGUACCGGCAGAGGUUCCUCCCCUUCUUCAGAGCGUCGUCCUCUAACUCACUACCAAAAAUGCUCAGCAAUAAGCGGUCCGCGUCCACCCAGCACGGAGAGACCGUGUGCUGUGGGCUGGAGGACAGAUUCUCUGACUGGUAUUCCCAUGGUAGCACGUGCGAGACCAUGAUAGGGUCUGGUCAGACCGCGCUAGGCCUCGGUCAGACCAUGCUGGGCUCCGGUCAAACCGUGCUAGGCUCUGGUCAGCAGGUGCCACUUCACAGUGUUUUAGCCCAGAGAGACUUCAAGGACAUGUCUGGUCACACCGGGUUCUAA